AGGAAAAAAACAGUUUAUUGAAAAGAAAUUGUACCAUCUUUGAAAUGCAAGAGAAAGGCAAUUAUAUAUUAUUCCAGCCCAGUUGGAAUGUAGAUUUUGUCCACUAGAUGCCAGCAGUGUAUGUGCAAAGUUUUAGACUGCUCUAAUAAACCAUUGCAUUUAUAUUCAAAACUUUGUAUCAAGACUACCCAAAUGUGCCUAAUUGGUUUAUUAAUAACUUUUCAAGUUCAAAACUGUGCACUCUCCUCAAACAAUAGCAUGGUAUUAUUUCACUGUAAUAGCUACUGUAAAUUGGACAGUGCAGUUAGAUUAACAAUAAUUUAAGUUUUCUGUCAAUAUCAAUUUUUCUUGUUAUGUGGACGGAACACCGAUCCCGAAUUAAUAUAUUCAAAAGCCCUUGAUUGUAUAGUGUCUUGUGCGUCAACUCAGUUCAUCUUCACUGCCUGCGGAAUAUUUAAUCCUUAAAUAAGACAAUGGUGAACAAAGAGAGAAUAAUGAAAUGUCUCUCCUGAAAUCAUCCCUUUUCAAACAUCCACUGAUUAAUUAAGUGUUUAACCUUAGAUUAAUAAUAGCCUGGAUUCUGCUGCUUUAAUUUCACUCUGUUUUCGUGACAAUAAAAUAUAGUAUGCUUGACCUUUGAACAUGAUGGAUUAUUGACAGUAUUCAAAAACACAGAUCCAGAACGUCUUAAAAGCCACUAGUGCCUUUGCAUAAAUAUUUUCAUCGAUGGAAAAUUUAUAAGAUCACUCCACGUCGCAGUCCCUUUCUUCUAAAAUUGUAGACUACAUAUCCUAGCUACCUCCCUCCAUUUAACAGCCCUCCAACUCUUUAUUGCUCUGUGCAUCCUAGCCAAGCGCGCGAGUCCGAAAGCAAUUCAGGAUGAUGUCAAUGGAGAGGCGCACCCUCGUUCCGAAUCCAGAGAGAGAGAGAGAGAGAGCGCACGCAGUGUAAGCGCACAGCUGCGUGUGGUGAAGUUUAGUAUACCUCGACUACUUCGCUAGAUUUAAAAAAUGUAUUGGUGUGGGGGAAUAAAUCUGUCUCACUGCGCACGCAAUGCACCAACAUUGUCCAAUGACUGAAGCUUGCGCAUCUACUGAUGACCAUUACUUGAAAUUGUUUUGCACAAUGCGGUGUUGUAUUUAACGUUAUCCCUUUUUGUUGUUUUUAGUCCGCCUGCGCUCUUGGAUCUUUUUUGGAGAUGUCUGAGUUUAACCACUCAAAUGUAUCAGGCGGAAACGCUCCGGACCCGGACUACAAGUGGACGUAUGAAUAUUACGACGAUGAUGAGCCUGUUUCGUUCGAGGGACUCAAAGCGCACCGAUAUUCCAUCGUGAUAGGCUUCUGGGUGGGCCUGGCUGUCUUUGUCAUCUUCAUGUUCUUUGUCCUGACGCUUCUCACCAAGACAGGAGCUCCACAUCCCGACACCAUGGACAGCACCAGGCGUGUUAGUGGCAGAGCCUUACACAGACUGGUUAGUUCUGCUUCAGCACCACAGAGAGCGCCUGGUUCCGAGUUUCUAUUGGUUUUCUUCUCUGUAAAUGAGACAAUUCUCCCUCUCAGUCUCAGUGCAGUCUGAUGUUUGAUGACUUCUUAGUAAAUGAUUCUAAUUAUCAGCAGCCCUCUUCCCUUGUAUUCCGUGCUUCUACACCUGCAUUGCUUGCUGUUUGGGGUUUUAGGCUGGGUUUCUGUACAGCACUUUGAGAUAUCAGCUGAUGUACG